AUGGUUACUUCGGUAUCCGGCGCCACUCGGGCGAUUUUCGCUCUAUGCUCCGUAAUCGCUGCCAACGGCGGCUUUGCCACUGGUGCCGGUGCUCAUGCCGACGUCGGUUCUUGCUUGACCAAGGCUGGCACCGAAAACUCGGUCCCCACCACCACGACUUGGACGAUGGAUAUUCAACCGUGGAACUCGCGUGUGAACCCUGUGCCUAACGCUGUCGCCUUCCCCAAGACGGAGAAGGAGGUGACGGCUGCGCUUAAGUGUGCCGCUAGUGCUGGCGUUAAGGUGACCACGCUGGGUGGCAACCGCUCGUUCUCCAGCAUGGGUUUUGGCCGUAACGAUGGAGCUCUUCUGCUGUCAUUCGGUGGCCCUGUCAUGAUCUCGGAAGGCGCAAACUUCAUGUGGAACAAGUACAAGCGCACUCUUCCCCACGGCCGUUGCCCUGAUGUCGGCAUGACCGGUGUGGCUGCUUCGGGUUUCGGCACCCUUUCACGUGCUAGUGGUACUGUGCUCGACAACAUUGAGUCGGUCCGUGUGGCUCUUGCCAACGGUUCCAUCGUGAAUGCCGAUGCUAAUCACAACUCGCAUGUCUACUGGGGUGUGCGUGGUGCAGCCAGCUCGAUGGGCGUGGUACUGGACUUUAAGAUCAAGACCCUUGAGCCCCCUUCGGAGCGUGUGACGAAUUACACUAUCGCUUUCAACUCGAGCUACAAGCCCACGCAGCAGGACAACGUGGAUGCACUUAUUGGUACGCAGACGUGGGCCCUCAGCAAGGAUAAUAACGACAUGGUGUCGAUCCGCUUCAGCCUCAAGACCAAGUCCGCACUGCAGGGUUUCUUCUACAGAGGUGGCGCCAAGUCCAAGGCCGUGCUUUGCUCGCUCAUGAAGACUCUACCCGCUUCGAUGGUCCUGACCACGAGCGAAAACGACUUCUGGACGUCCGAGAACAUUUCGACUCCUGGCCUUCAGGAGGAAACUCUGAGUCCCCGUCGUUUCUUCUACAUCGCAUCGGUGACCAUUCCUCGCUCGACUCCGCUUGACAACGCUUCCGCGUGGGAGCUGUUUUCCGGUACAGCCUUCGCUCCCAAGCUUCCGGACGCGUUAGCCUCCGGCUUCGUGGACAUCUGGGGUGGUGCGUACGCCAAGACAGUCAAGGCUGACGCUUCGGCCUGGAAACACGACGACAACCUGCACUUGGUUCGUUGGGACAUGCCUUCGUGGAUGCUUACAAGGCUUCGCGGUGUGCCCGCCGGAUUCACGACCUACCGUGACGAGAAGUGGACGGUGCCGGAGAUGGCCGAAUACCUGUACGGCGGUGGUAACUUCAAGAAGCUGCAGCAGAUCAAGACGGAGGUCGACCCGAGCGAAAUGUUCAACACGGACCCUCAGGCCAUCCCCGCUUUGGCUUAG